GUAGAGGAUGGAUUCCUGCUGAAAUUUGGAAGCGCUCCGAACUUGUAUGUUAUGCCAAUGGAGAGUGAAUUUUUAAUGAUCCAUGCUGUGUCAGCAUCAUAAACACAGAUCGGUUGUUGGAAGGAACGUUUCCUGUACCAUGCUUUAUGUGGGUUAUAUUAGGAGAGGAGACUGAAUGACAAACACCGUUUCUGGAACUGUGGAUUUUGAACUGUGUGUGUGUGUGUUGGAUGUACAUGGAUACUGGAAGUAAAGUAGGGAAAUUGCAUGACUCACUGGUCCUACUAUAGAUUCGUUUUGAUUAGUCUGUGGAAGAUGGUUGCACUGUAAUGUGCGUGGAUUAACCAUGGACACCAUGGAUGUGGAAUCAGUAGAUGGAUUGGAAGUCGUCACAGCUGCAGAGGAGGGCAGUAGUGCAUCGUUGUCUGACUCCAUAGAUUUGGAUGACAUACAGAAACAGGAGGCCACAAAGAAGUUCCUCGAAGAUGUAACUCGGCAGCAUCCAGAACUGGGACCAAUACCAUGGACAACCGGCGUCAAGUUCUUGAUGGCACGCAAGUUUGACGUCAAGCGAGCCAUAGAACUUUACCAUGCUCAUCAGGACACACGAACGAAAGAAGAUUUGAUUCUCAUCGAUCCUCAGGAGCCGAGGCUGCGUCGGGAACUGUUCACAGAGAAAUUCACCAUUUUGGCAUCUCCAGAUUCAAGUGGGGCUUCCAUAGCGUUAUUCACCGCUCGACGUCACCGACCAUAUCAGACAACCCACCGAGACACGCUGAAGGGGCUCGUCUUUCAACUAGACACUGCACUCGAAAGAGUGGAAGCGCAGCGAAAUGGCCUUGUCUUCAUUUAUGACAUGACAGAAUCAAAAUACAACAAUUUUGAUUACGAACUCAGUAUCAAGAUUCUCAAUAUGCUAAAGGGUGCAUACCCAGCAAGAUUGAAGAAGGUAUUAAUCGUUACUGCGCCACUUUGGUUCAAAGCUCCAUUCAAGAUUCUACGGUUGUUUGUUCGCGAGAAGUUGAGAGAUAGGGUACACACCGUGAACAAAGAACAGCUUCCAAUACACAUCCCCUUGGAGUCUCUUCCACGAAGUCUGGGUGGUUUAGCUGAGGUCAACCACCGUGAUUGGCUUCGACACUGUUUACUAACUCUAUCAAAUCUCAAUAUGGAUCCAAACUGUGUAGAGACGUUCUUUGCGAACGCUACCCAUGACACUGCGGUUAUAAAUAGCCCAUCGCCGACAGGAAGUGAAAAUUUCACAAUAAGUGAUAUGGAGUCCGAGGACUCGCAUGAGACAGUGCCGGAGAAGCAUAACAAUGAGGACCGAGAAAAGGAGGUCGAAGUCGAAAAAGAGGACAAUUUGAAUAAAAAAAUGAACGGGGAAGGUGUGAUUGAGGACACGCCUCCUUGUAAACGUGGCUCUGAUACCUCGCCGUCGCAAUCUGGUGACCAGGCGCACGGAAAUCUACCUCGAAAGAAACGACCUUCUUCUAAUAUGUAUGAGGACUCUAUACACAUGCCAGAAGCGGGUGGCAUGACUGUUGAAGAGUUGGUAAAAUAUGUGCGACAGAGACGAAAAAAUGGACUCGUAGCUGAAUAUAUGUCCAUCAAAUGUGAACCGCCCGCGGGGACAUUUUUAGAGGCAAAGAAAAAACAAAAUGCAUGUCGGAAUCGCUAUACAGAUGUGUUAUGUAUGGACCAUUCACGUGUGAAGCUCACGAGGCAAUCGGAGGACUAUAUCAAUGCUAACUUUGUAGAUGGAUACAGACAGAAAAAUGCCUAUAUCAAUACACAAGGACCAUUACCCAAGACGUUUCCAGAUUUCUGGGAUAUGAUCUGGGAAGAGUCUGUGGUGACCAUUGUUAUGACAACAAGGACAAUAGAGCGCAGUCGAAUCAAAUGUGGCCAGUAUUGGCCAAAGGAAGAGGAGACAGCAGAGCAGUAUGGUGACUUUGUGGUUAUAAACUGUGGCAUAGAAAAAACAAGGGACUAUACUGUUACAUCGCUGGUGCUACAGAAUGUUGGGACCGGAGAGUCCCGAGAAGUGACCCACCUUCAGUUCACCAGCUGGCCUGACUAUGGUGUGCCGAGAACCGCUGCAGCAUUCCUUGACUUCCUAUUCCGGGUUCGACAAUGCCAACAAGAUGCCAUGAAGAGACUAAGUGAGGUCUGGACGGGCCAUCCACUCGGGCCACCUAUUGUGGUGCACUGUAGUGCAGGCAUUGGCAGAACAGGCACAUUUUGCACCAUUGAUAUCUCGAUUCAUCGUCUCGCAGACAUCGGAACGGUCGACGUGGAGAAAACUGUCCGUCGUAUCCGAAGCCAACGAGCUUUCAGUAUACAGAUGCCCGACCAGUAUGUCUUCUCUCAUUUAGCGCUUCUAGAACACGCCCAACGCGAGGGGUUAAUCGGUGACAUAGACUUGGAAGGAUUUGAGGAGCGCGAGAGUGAAAGUGACUAAAAUUGUAGACAAUUUACAAUGGCUUUCAUGACUGUACAGCUGGUUGUAGCAGGCAUCAUAUUCCGUGAAAUUCUGGAAUUUUAUUGCACAUAUUCCAACCCUAGCCAUUGGGCGACUUUAUGACGAAGUGCUGCGUGAUAAUCACGUCGCCAGACAAUUUUGAUAAUUCGUAGUUCAGUUCAAUGUAUUUUUGCUUAGGCCAAGGCAAAAAAUAUGUUAGAUGAGUGUCUUCUGCACCGAAACUCAACCUGCCCAGAAUAAAGCUGAAGAACUAAGAGAAAAUGUUCGGAAAUCGUGGCAAAGUUUUGACGGAUUCUGUUGCUUGUAUUUAUGGGAUUUGUUCACAAUCUCCCUCAAAAGGAUGCUAAUCUAGUAUGUAGUUUUACUUGGCCUUAUACUACCUUCGAAUGGUAGUGUGAAUCGUUUUCUCAGUUAAUGGGCAUUGUGAAUUUAAGGUCAGUUUUGUGUGAGUCAAACUUGAAGUUGAUGUGUAUUGAGUGAUGGAAUGAGACCAACUCAUUUUAAAGAUGUACCAUAUUGUAUUUAUGUAAGAAUGAAGAGGGAUGAAUGUAAAUUGGCUUAUUUUCUUUGAUUCGACAGUUCAACAAAUAAGUAUUGAGUUGGUGUAGCGCAUCUGUAAAUAACAUAAAAACGGGGUUGAAUUCUAAAUUUUUACCCUGGUUAUAUCAAGACAAACUAAAAUGAAGCGGUUUUAUACUGUUAACUGCCUAAUUUUCACAUAUUUUGCAAUCAAGAAAAUACAGCAAUGUAAUUCGGUUAGGUAUUCAAUGAAGUAGUUUACUUCGGUCGGUCUUCAGUGAAGUAGGUAUUAAGUGAACAAGUUUACCAGUGUUGGUCUUCAUUGAACUAGUUUACUGGGGUUGGUCUUCAUUGAACUAGUUAACUGGGGUCAGUCUUCAGUGAACUAGUUUACUGGGAUUUGUCUUCAGUGAACUAGUUUACUGGGGUCAGUCUUCUGUGAACCAGUUUACUGUGGUUGGUCUUCAGUGGAAAAAUAUCUACCUGAACUUGGGUAAUGUACCAGGUCAAGGAGAUCAUUUCAAAUUCCUUAAAUUAUUCCCUGAAAUAUUGCAAUGUUUUUUUGCUGACUGUGCUCCAGGUAUCUGGGCUUAGACUUCUGUGUACAUGUAUCUUCAGAUGCGUAAGAACUUGGCAGUUCUCACUGAUCUGUGUUUCCAAUUCAAAGUCUUUACAGGAGAGGUGGUAUUAUGUCCCUUUCUCUUGAUUGUUGAUUGAUUAUUUCAGGGAAAUUAAAACUGUUGUACUUUGCAAUUUAAGCACUGUAAAGUGAAAUCACAGUUAUAUUUGAGUUUCCUUGCUCAGUUUGGUAUUUUACUUAUAGCAGUCAUUUGUUAAUGGGGAGUAGCAAGAUUCAAUGGCAAGCUGACACUGUUAUGUAUUUCCCAAGUUCUGAGUAGAGGGUGGGUCAUGGAUGCAUCGGAAAAUGGAGGAAGCUCUGAUCACAGAUGGUUGACGAGAGAACAUUAGCUAAAUGCGUUAUUUCAUUAUGUCAGUUACUUGAUGGAAAUCAGGGUUUGCUUAGAAUAGACAAAGUCACUCUCUUCUAAUAGAAAUGAUUUUCUGUGUCAUUUCUAUCUUUUGUAUCAAAAUUAUUUAUUUUAUUUUAUUUGUGUAUAUGUUAGGGUUCUGUCGGAAUUAUUGUGACUGUUGUAUAUAUUUCGUGAAUUGUAACAUAAAAACUUCAGGUUUAUUUGUCUUCUGCUGAUAACAUCCCUACUCGUCUUUUGUUUACUUCCAGAAUCGACCUUUUGGAGGGGCAGCCCAUUGUCACAUGUGCUGUAUUUGCUGUAUUUAUACUAUUUAAUUUGGUACAUUGGCAAUGCCAAUGACUUGUGCCGCUUUUGCUGUUUUAGACAUGUGGGUAAAAAAACAGGCAACACAGCCUUAGUUUGUUGCCUUUGGUGUACAUUUGUAAAGUAUACAUUUUCAUGCAUACAUGCAUUGCACCAAAACUGGUCACAUGGUGACAGAGGACAAACUUUGGACUGUCAGUAAGGCUGUUUACAUGACACGAAAAAAGUGUCACAUCCACAACAGAUCAAUUAUGCAAAAUGACCCUCACAAAACUGUUCCACAUCCACUUCUGUUCCAGAUUGAACUCUACUAUAUUGGAUGUAGGACAAUGAUUGAAUAAAGACUCAAUCUGGAACACAUUUCAUUUGCUGUUUUCAUGGAUGUUUUUAUCUAAUGUGGAUGUCAUGUUGAGCUGAUGUUGCUUUUUUCAUGUCAUGUAAACAGCACCAGUGACUGCCUUUACCGUUCUUACAGAUUUUACUUUAGGGGACCUUCUUGAGGUCCUGUGUGUAUGGUCAUUUAUGAGUGAUCUACUUUGAUCUAGGGUUAAGAAAUAUUGAAUUUUGACUGAAAAUGGAAGAAGUCUUUAGCUUUAUUUAUUUGCCAUUUAUCUAAAUUUUGGCACUAAUUAGAAACUGUGUCGAUAUUUACAUACAUUGUACCUUGCCACAUAUAACACAUCUUCAAGGCACUUGUUGUAUUGUUACUGUUUAAAUGCUCUUCCAUCCAAGCAUUUUAGGCAGCAAAUAAAUAUCUUAGGCGCAAAUAGAUACCAUAUCUUAGAAUUCUCUCAGUUACAAUUUACUUUGAUUUGGUUCGCUAGGCUGUCUGUCUGGUAUAGUUUUGUGUCAUGUACAGUCAAACAGUACUCUUUACCUCUGGUAAUUUGUGAAGUAUGGCUUAUAAAGUUAAACCCCUUCAAAGACUGCAGUUGAUAAUAGCUCACGUCUUUAUUUAUUAUAUGUAAAUGAGUCGGGCCAUUGUGCUCCCCUGGGAACGUUACUGGUAAAAGCAUUGUGGUUGAUUACGUGUCUAGUAGUAAAGAAUGCACCGUCUAUUCUCUGAUCAUUUCUAAUCUGACAUGUCUGAAAGGCAAGCCUGAAAAUAGUGAUUUUCAGACCUUGUGCUAGAUGAAGUGUCAGAAAAGGUUUAUUUCCUGCCUGACAUCCAGUCUUACUGACAUAGCCUCUUAUGCUAAUGAUAACUCCAGAAAAGUGAUUUUCAGUAUUCUUUUUCUGUUCAUUCUUGUCUGUCUGUUAUUGUCACAGUCAUAUUGUCCUUAUCGGCAUCAUGGUUCAUGUUCUUGUGUGUGUUGACUACAAUUUAGUAUUGAUGAGGCUGUAUUGCCCUCCAUCACUUCCAUAUUUGUAAUAAUGAAUCUCUUGACAUCACUGGUAUUGUAAAUUGUCAUGUAAUUUUCAUUGCAGGAGUAAUACUCCAUGGAAACUGAAUUACAUUGGGGAAACACAAGAUACACACUUUUGUGGGGUGUAAACUUGUCAGCAGUGAGAGAAUGCAUUUUUCGAUAUCAUAACUAUUUUAACAAUUUGCUUGUGAUGGUGUGAUGAAUGUACUAUAAAGUCUUUAUCCCUGAAGACUCUGCUUACGAUAAUUGCAUAGUUUGACUGCAAGAAUUCACAAAACAAUAUGAAUAAGUCCGAAAAAUUGUUGGAAAAUGACACCAACAGACCAACAGUAAUGGUGUAAACUUGUCUUCUUAAGGCAAUUUCUAAAUACUUUUUUUCUGUAUAAUAAUCUGUAAAUGAUUAUAGAUAAGUUAUAGGCCUACUACACAAACUAUUCAAAAGUUAGGUUUUGCACCAUAUGUGAGUAGAUGGUGAUGAAAUAAAAAUGAUAUAUUCUAUAUGGCACAA